ACUUGUAGAAAACAUUGCAAUUGUUGCAGACAUUUGAGAAAUUUUUGUUAUACGACACAAAGUGAAAAUGACGGCUGUUUUAAAAAAGCGAGCUCUUGCUGAAUAUAUUAUGUCUUCUCAAGAGCAGCCAAAAAAACCAGCAAAGCGUUUCCGAAGUAUGAAGAAAACAUCCAGUCUCACUGAACAUGAUUUAGAUGUAUUGAAAAAUUCAUCAUCUGGUGAAUCAUUAUCAUUCUUACUUCAAAUUGAGGAGCUUUUGAAAGGCGAAGUGGAGACCGUACCAUUGUACAACACUUUGCUCGAUCACUUUCUAAAAGAACCAGAGGCAGCAGUUAGGGUAAAAUUAAUCAGCAUCCUCUCUCAAAUGGUGCAAGGAAACUUAAUUGAAGUCUGUAAGCUGUUUGAUGACUUGCAACCUCUUCUGAAAGGAGAAACGUCCCAUAAAGUUAUUGCAGUCUUCCUCUCCACCUUUCACCAAACCAAGAAACUUGAGACAGAUGACAAAUUUCAUCUUCAUAUUUUUCAACUGGCUAAAAAAUACUUGAAUGAUCACAGUCAUGAAGUGAAAUGUGCUGCAUUAUCUGUAAUAGCUGAUUUUAUUGCCUUGGAUGACAAAUCAGAGUCUUUUCAAAAGACUUUGCAUUUGCUGGCUGAAUACUCUCAUGAUCAUGAACCUAGAGUGCGUACUGAGGCUUUAAAUGCUCUUUUUCACCUUCAUGAAAGAGGUUUGAAACUUGAAUCUGCUCUUUAUGAAAUAGUUUGUGAAGCACUCACUGAUGAUUAUGAAUGUGUCAGAAUGGCAGCACUUAAACUUAUUGAUGUUAUCAGUCAUUUACAUUGUGAAAAGUUGGUUUCCAUAAGCCCUGAAGAGCAAAUUAGAUUGGCUGAUGAUGCAUUUGCUCGAAUCUGUAAAAUGAUUACUGAUCCAUCUACAAAUGUUCGAGUGCUUGCUGCUUCACUUUUGGGAGGCUUUACAGAUGUGAGCUUGGAAUUCCUCAAUCAAACUCUUGACAAAAAGUUAAUGUCAACAUUAAGGAAAAAGAAGUCUGGCUAUGAAGGUCAUAAAGAAAAUGAUUCUGAAUGGUCGACUGGCAAAAAGCUGCAGACUGAAGCUCCCAAGGAAGAAGUGGAAGAUGAUAAUGUUAGCUUAAUGAGUUCUGGUGCUUGUGGAGCCUUUGUUCAUGGCUUUGAAGAUGAAUUACAAGAAGUUCGAACUGCAACCCUUGAUUCGUUUUGCAAACUUGCCACUCAUUUUCCAUCAUUCGCAACCAUCUCAUUAGAUUUUCUUGUUGAUAUGUUUAAUGAUGAAACUGAGGAAGUGUGCUUGAAAGCUAUCCAUUGUUUGCAAGAAAUCAGUCUUCAUAUCAUGCUCAGAGAGGAUCAGUUAAAAACAAUUUUAGUGGUUUUAGAGGAUUUUUCAAUGGAUUUAAGAGAAGCCUUGCAUGCUAUGCUGGCAGCUUGUCGCUUGACAACAAAAGAGUGUUUAAAAUUUUGUGUUGACAGCCUUUUGAAAAACUUGAUGCGCUAUCCUCAAGACAAGCGCUCUAUUUGGAAAUGUCUGCAAAAACUAGGCGAAAGACACCCUUAUUUAACGUUACCUUUAGUUCCUGAGUUGUUGAGCAUUCAUCCUUUUAUUGAUAUGACUGAACAAAAUGUUGAAGAUCCAGCUUAUAUUUGCAAUUUGAUACUUGUCUUCAAUGCUGCUGUGAACUGUCCAGUUAUGAUGUCUUUGUUUGAUGAAUACACUCAAAAACAUUAUUCCUAUUUAAAAGAUACUUUACCUCAUCUAGUACCUCAGCUUAAGCUGAGAAGUGUGACAAUAGUUCCUGUGAAAGUGGAAUCAUCCGAUGAACACUCCCGGAAAUUUUUGAAUCAAGUUUUAGAGAGAGUAGCUGCUGCCGAACAUCGAAAUCCUAAAGCUCGGCAAAGCAUAUUAGAGACUUCUAUUCAGGAUUUGAAGCAACUAUCUGCUAUUGAGCCAAAACUGUCUGCUGCUGCCAACUGUGCAGCAAUGUAUAUUCAGUGCCAGUUAGUUUUAGCAAAA